AUGCCGGUCCGCAAUAACUCAAGGCCCGCCCUCACUCCCGUCGUUCACUCCCGUCGUUCUCUCUCUCCCGUCAAACUCUUUCUCCCAUCGCGCUCUCACUCCCAUCGCUCUCUCACUCCCGCAACGCUCUCACUCCCGUCGCUCUCUCACUCCCGUCGCUCUCUCACUCCCGUCGCUCUCUCACUCCCGUCGCUCUCUCACUCCCGCAACGCUCUCACUCCCGUCGCUCUCUCACUCCCGUCACGCUCUCACUCCGUCUCUCUCACUUCCGUCACGCUUUUACUACCGUCGCUCUCUCACUCCCGUCGCUCUCUCGCUUCCGUCGCGCUCUCACUACCAUCGAUCUCUCACGCCCGCAACGCUCUCACUCCGUCGCUCUCUCACUCCCGUCGCUCUCUCAUUCCCGUCGCUCUCUCACUCCCGUCGCUCUCUCACUCCCGUCGCUCUCUCACUCCCGUCGCUCUCUCACUUCCGUCGCACUCUCACUCCCGUCGCUCUCUCACUUCCGUCCCGCUCUCACUCCCGUCACCCACGCACGUCGCUCGCACAUGUCGCUCAUAUCUGCUCCUUCCCCCCUCUUCCCCCUUGCGCCCUUCCCCGUUCCUCCUCUUCCCAUCUUCCUUUCUCUCCCUCCCUUUCCCCCCUGUUCUGCCCUCCCAGUUGCUGGUGUCUCCCUCCCUUUCGCCCAAGUCCUUCCCUCCGUUUCCCCCCUUGUUCGUUGCUCCGUAUCCCCGUGUGCUGGAUCCGUUUCUCCUCUUGUCUCCAUCUUUUUCCCUUUCCGCAGCUCCCGCCCCUCCGAUUUCCCCCCUGAUAGGGUUCCUGCCGGCGGCAGCAGCAGCCAACCUCACAGAGGAAGUGGUGGUUCGCUUUGACUGCCUUUCCAACGCUCGAGAGCUCUCACGCCCACGACCACAGGCACACCACACACCCCUGACACUGAGGUAG